AUGGAGGAAAAAUUAGCAAGGGCUAAAGGCAGACACCUUGGUCUGGGCGCGUAUUUGAAAACUCUUUUAAGUGAAUUAAACGAGUAUGUUUCUUCGGAAAGCGGUGAUUGCGAGCAAUCUAAACUCCUUGGGUUGAGAAACAAUGUGGCUAGUAUCAUCGAACAAUUGGCGACUGUGCACAAUGAAAUAUUAUCCUUGAUAGAUCCAAAGGACAUUGAGCCGGAAAUUAUUCGUCACAUGAAAGCUUUAGAACCUUGUCACCAAGUUUUGGCAAAGGCGGAUUUGAAACUUGAAGAAAUUAAGCAAGGGCAAAGUAAUAUUAAUAGCGCAAGUUAUUCCUUAGGUGCAGCCGGUUUAAGCACAAAUAGAAGUCCUGCGCAUUGUAAGCUGCCAAAAUUAGCAUUACCAGAGUUUAAGGGGGAACCCUUAGAUUGGCAGGGGUUCUGGGAUCAGUAUCAAGUGUCGAUCCACAGUAAUAUAAACAUAAGUGAUAUUGAUAAAUUCAAUUAUUUAAAAGGUUGUGUGAAAGGGGAAGCUCUUGCGGCUAUUUCAGGGUUGACUUUAACUUCAGAUAAUUAUCAGGAGGCAGUUCAGGUUUUAAAGGAUAGAUUUGGGAAUGAGCAGGUGCUCAUUUCUGCACUUAUGGAGUCUCUACUUAAAAUUAAUAAAAUUAAGUCAGUUGAUAACAUUAAGGGGUUAAGGAUGUUGUACAGUCAUGUUGAAAACUGUAUGAGGAACUUGAAAUCUCUUAAGCUUGACACCAGUGGGUAUGGCUCUCUUCUCAUUCCAAUUUUAAAGGACCGCUUGCCCGAUGAGAUUAAUAUGAUUAUUUCGAGACAGUUUUGUGGUAAAGUAUGGAACUUAGAUAAGGUUAUGGAAUUUUUUAACAAUGAGCUUCGUGCUCAAGAAGAUUGUAAUUUCUCAUUGAGUAAUAAAUCAGAUGGUAGAUCUGACAAUUUCAGGAAAAGGGAACCCUAUACAGCAAGUGGAUUAUUCAGUCAAACUAGUAAAACCCCCUGUAUAUAUAGUAAUGAGGGGGGACAUCUUCCAUCUAGGUGUAGUAAGGUCUCGAAUCACCAUUCUCGGAAAGACAUAUUACGGAAAAAAGGGAGAUGUUUUAUUUGUUUAGAUUCGAGACAUAUAGCAAAAAAUUGUACGGCAACUUAUGUUUGUAAGCGGUGCAACAAGGGUAAACACCACAUUUCCAUUUGUGAGGCAGCUUCGGGCAGACGAAAUGCAAGUAAGGAGAAUGGGAGCAAAGAGGAUGAGGAGAGUAGGAAAUUUGUAGGUCAUACUGGCUGUGACCAGCAGGGAAUAUUAUUACAAACAGCUAGAGUACAGGUCUAUGAUGAGGAGAAUAUUGGUACUCAAGUAGCUACCAGGAUUUUGUUUGAUAGUGGAAGCCAGCGGUCUUACAUUUCUGAUAAGGUUAGAGCUAGGUUGCAGUUAAAGUCGAUCAGGUCAGAAAAGGUCAUAAUUAAGACCUUUGGUCAGGACAAUGAUAGCAAGGUUAAGAGACUAGAUGUCGUUCAGGUCAAAGUUAAGAAUAAAUCUGAUUCUAGGUGCACCAGUGUUGAGGUUUUAUGUGUUCCCACAAUUUGCAGCCCUCUUACUAAUCAAUAUAUCUCAAAAACGCAUAAUUUGGAAGAAUUUGAGGACUUGGAAUUGGCUGACCAUGAAGGCGAUUCUCCAAACCUCCCAGUAGGAAUUUUAAUCGGGGUAGAUUAUUACCACACGUUCAUGACAGGAAAGGUUGUGCGAAGUAAGGCGGGUCCAGUAGCAUGCGGAACUAAGGUGGGAUGGGUAGUAAGUGGCAAAAUUGGGACAGGUCCUCUUGACCUGCAUUGUUUCGAGACCCAUAUCCUACGUGCCUCAGUUGAAUGUAAACAAACAUCAGACGCUUUACGACAAGUUUUAGAUAAAUUUUGGUCCGUGGAAACUAUAGGCUCCUCCAGUGACUGUGUGGUCAGUCAGCUUAAAAAUGACAUAGGGCACGACGGGACCCGAUAUGUAACGAAAUUACCCUUUAAGCCAGACCAUGAGCAGCUGCCAGACAACUUUAGUGUAUGUGAAGGGCGUUUAACAUCUCUAAAACGGCGUUUAACAUCCAAAGGAAUUCUCAGGGAGUAUGAUACGAUCUUUACAGAGUACGAAAAAAACGGAAUAAUUGAACGCGUUCCUUCACAUGAGAUUGCUGGGGAAGUAGGUGGGGUCCAUUAUCUCCCGCAUCGACCGGUCGUGCGUGAGGACAAGCAGACUACGAAAAUUCGGGCAGUUUUCGACGUUUCGUGUCAGGUUAACGGCCCCUCACUUAACCAAUGUUUGUAUUCAGGACCAAAUCUUAUUGCCAAGAUAUUUGACAUCCUAGUGAGAUUUAGGCUUAAUAAAAUAGGCAUCCUAGCAGAUAUAAAACAGGCGUUCCUUAACAUCCCUAUAUCUAGGGAGCAUAGAGAUUUUGUACGGUUUUUGUGGUAUGACCUCAAUUCUAAAGAGGAAAAAAUAAUCACUUACAGAUUUUUACGGGUAGUUUUUGGACUAACGAGUAGUCCUUUCUUGUUAAACGCGACGUUGAGGCACCACCUUAGCAAGUAUGUAGAGAAGGAGAAUGCAGUCGUAGAGCGUAUUCGCGAGGAUUUGUACGUAGAUGAUUUGGUUAGUGGAGGCGAUAGCGUUGGUACAGCUAAGGAAAUAUAUGAGACUAGUAAAGCCAUUAUGCUAGAGGGAGGGUUUGAAUUACGUAAGUGGGUAACUAACGAUCCAGAACUUCGAGCAUAUAUUUCAUCGACAAUGGGUGACAAACCUAAUUCCCAACCCCUAGGGGAAGAUCUUACUUAUGUCGAGGUAAUGUCGCCUAAUUUAGUUACGCCAAAUCAGGCUGUCUUAGGUGUUGCGUGGGAUACCAUCACGGAUGAGUUUGUUUUUCAGUUCGAUAAUUUCUUGAGCAAAUGUGCGAGCCUGGAGCAAACCAAGCGGAAUUUACUGAGUGCAUCGGCCUCGAUUUUCGAUCCAUUGGGUGUGAUUGCUCCCGUCACCGCCAGAAUCAAAACAAUAUUUCAGUUGUUAUGUAAAGACAAAUUAAAUUGGGAUGACCUUAUCCCACCGGCACUUGCGUCAAUUUGGAACAAGUUUUUAGAUGAAUUAAAAUCUCUGCGGGAAGUAAGACAACCUCGGUUUGUUUUUCAUUUAAAUUUUCAUUCCGGAAUCCGAGUUGAACUUCACGGGUUUUGUGAUAGUUCAAAAGAAGUCUAUAGUGCGGUCAUUUAUCUGCGGUUUGUUUGCAGUAAAAGUGCAAAAGUGUUUUUUUUGGCGGCGAAAACCAAGGUGGCGCCUUUAAAAACCCUUACUAUUCCCAGGUUGGAACUAUUGGGGUGUUUGUUAUUGAGCAAGUUGAUCAAUGAGGUUGUACUUGGUAUACGAGGGCGUGUAGAGUUGGAUGAAAUAUUCUGUUGGUCGGAUUCAGAGGUAGCGUUGAGUUGGAUAAGGGGAAAGGAGCGAAGCUGGGAACCUUGGGUGGAGAAUAGAGUUGUCACCAUUAGAAAGGUUGUCGAUCGUGAGCGGUGGAAUUUCGUUAAAGGAGAACUGAAUCCUGCAGAUAUCCCCACUAGGAUAUCAACUAGUCUAGUUGAGUGUUUCUCAGGAUGUUGGUUUACUGGUCCUUCGGUGUUGUUGUCUCAACCUUCUGCAUACAGAGGCGAGAGAAGUGAUACCCUUUGUGAUCAAACGUCUUUGGGCGGGAAGGUUGUGAAAGAGGUUAGUCAUGAGGAUUCUCGUAGUUAUAAAACUAUAUGUCCUAAGUGUAAUUCUGUUCGUAGCCUCACAGCGUCAUUAUUGUGCUGUAUGUAGGAACUGUUAGUACUGUUCUUUGUUGUUUAAUAUAUGUAUUGUUGUAAUUUAUUUAUUCGGGCCCGCAGUAAUUGGCAAACGCUGUUGCGGAUUCCCUGCCACUGUAAUAUGUACAAGGCGAAUUAAAUAAAUAAAUAAAUAAAUAAAUAAAUUCUUCUGAUGUUCUUUUCAAAAACGCGACACGGAAUGACAUAUCAGGCGAAACGUGUUCAUUGUCUGAUGUCAUAGACUGCACUCGGUAUAGCUCGUUGUACAAAUUGGUUGUCACCACCGGUUACGUGAUAAGAUUCUUGAACAAUUUGCGAAAACGAACGAAGAACCAUGGAAACUUAAUCACGGAGAACGUUCUAACGGCUGACGAAUACGAGCAAGCGUUACACAUGUGGAUUAAAGAAGAACAAUCUCUGAUAAAGGGACAAUCAAAUUUUGCUAACGUUUGUGCUUCAUUGAAUUUGUUCGAAGACAAAGACGGGUUUUUACGGUUAAAGGGACGGUUCGCUAAUUCUAAUCUGCGGUACCAAGACCAGCAUCCAAUGAUAUUACGAGGAAACGAAAGCUAUUUCACACAAUUAGUCAUUUGGGACGCGCAUAAGGCGAGUAUGCACCACGGAGUGGAGUCGACAUUGGCAAGAGUACGGUCAAACUACUGGAUUGUGAAAGGGAGAAAAAGUGUCAAGGAAGUCCUCAGAAAAUGUGUGAUUUGCAAACGGUACCAAGGAAAGCCGAUGUGUGCUCCUGCUAGUCCUGAUCUGCCACAGUGUAGAAUCGAUCAUUCGGGAUUUGCGUUUCAAGCGACGGGCUUGGAUUUUGCUGGACCGUUGUUUGUGAAAGAUGGUGCAGAAACGGUCAAGACGUACAUUCUACUGCUAACGUGUGCCACAAGCAGAGCGAUCCACCUCGAACUGGUCUACUCGAUGUCAAGUGACGGAUUUUUGCGAGGAUUUCGGAGAUUUGUAGCUCGUAGGGGUGUGCCGGAUGUCAUUAUCAACGACAACUUUAAGACUUUCAAGUCAGCGGAGGUCAAACGAUUCAUGUCAUAUCAAGGCAUUCGGCAACAGUUUAUUCUACCAGCGUCCCCAUGGUGGGGUGGCUUUUACGAGCGACUCGUCCGGACAGUUAAGGGUUGUUUAAAGAAGACUCUCGGGAGAGCAUAUACGACAUUCGAAGAGCAGCAGACAAUCUUGUGCGAAGUAGAAGUGGCAAUCAACAAUCGGCCACUUACGUAUGUCAGCGAGGAUGAUUUGGACGAACCUUUGACGCCAUUCCACCUGAUGUACGGUCGAGGCUACUGCAAUCGGAUGAAAAACACGGAUACCAUACUUACGGCGAGCCUUGGACAGUACAAACAGCGGUUGAAACACUUACGGAAAAUAUUGAGAGAUUGUUGGACGCGGUUUCGAAAAGAAUAUUUGAACGAGCUGAGACAAAUGAACCUCUACCGGAAAAGGAAAACCAAUACGCGAGGUCUGACCGUUGGUGAUGUUGUUUUGAUUAAAGAGGAUGAACCAGCACCUCGGGCACAGUGGAGGAUUGGAAGAGUCUUGCAGCUGGUGAAAGGACGUGAUGGACUGGUCAGGGGAGCUAAAUUGAAGGUUCUAUCAAAGGGUGGAGCUCAGUCGUCGGUUCACAGACCGUUACAAAAGCUAAUACCUUUCGAGAUCGUCCAGGAUGACGUCGACAAGCAUGAAGGGGAUGACAACGAUAGGAACGCAGAACAGCAUAACACGACUGACACCGAGUCAAGAGCGGAUGAGCGAAAAGGAAGUAGAAGACCAACGAGGAAGGCAGCGAUCGAUGGAGAAAACUUGCGGAGAAUUCGCGAACAGUAUACAUAG